AUGCCAUUGCCACGGACAAUGACUCCUGGGCCAGAACUUCAAAGCCCCAAGGAGCCUGAGGAUCCACAGACCCCAGCUCAGGGCACUCGGCGGACAAACAGUGGGGAAGAGCCCAACACUCAUCAUGAGGACACUUCGAAGGCUGGCCUGGGAACCUUGAAGCAAGCCUUCUCUUGGGCAAGCUGGCGGGCCUCUACAUCCAAGGAGGACCAGGGUCCACACAAGCGAAGAUCCCUUUCCCUGCUCCCCUCCUUCCGGCGGGCCCUGGAUGGUGGCCUAGCUGCUGGUCAGUCCCAGGUUGCUGCUGUACCAGAGGAGCCCUUCAAGGUCAAGGAUGGUGUCAGUCGGCAGGCAUCCACUGGGGCAGGUCCUGAGAAACUGAAACCCCAGGCAGAAGACAAAUCUGUGGCAGACCUCAUCACUGAGCGGCAAUUGCUGGCGGCCUUCCAGCAGCUGCAGCACCUGGAGUCGAGGCUGAUAGCGGAGAAAACGUCGCACACCUUUGAGCAGGACCCCACGGCUUUUGCACGGCGUGCCAUGGACGUGUGCCUACAUUACGACGGGCUGGCAGCUGAAAUCCGCACCAUCGUGCGUGAGACGCUGGGUCCUGACGGCGUGGACAAAGACGCGCUUGCCGAAGUGGCCCACGUGGUGCCGGCUGAAGAGGAGGCCCACCCGGUGUCCCCCACCGAUGGUGACUUCCUGCGUGCACCCCGCCACUGGCGUCAGCUCUGGAAGGACACCGUGCAACGAAGUGCGCAGGAGCGUGUGCAGAGGGCAGGUGCAGGGGUGACCUCUGGGGCUACAGAGGGCACUCCAGACCUGGCCCAACUUCUGGGCGAGCUCGGUGGCUUGGUUCGGGGCGACCUGCAGAAGGUGCGGUUGGAGGUGCAGCCUGUUUAUGCAGCAGCCGGUUUUCCAGUAUGGGAGGCCUACCUUCGUGCCUUCCACAGCGCGGUGGCCCAACGCCUGCAGGAGCUUGCGCACAAUGCCCGCGGCUGCGAGCAGCUCUAUGUGCUGCUGUACUGGGCCGCCAAUGUCUAUGGCAGCCCUGAUUUCUUGGGCUCUCUGGACUUGGCGCUGCCCACGGAACCGCUGCCCCCUCUCCUAGAACCUGCCAUGUGGGCCCAACUGGAGAGUGAUUACACCAACUUUCUGGAGACCAAGAUCACAAGCUGCUUCGACGGCCUCUUGCAGCACGAGCAGAGCAGCUGGGCGGCUGCCGAGGCCCCGGAAGUGCUGCAGGGCCUCUACCACACGCCUCUGUCCAUUGAUAUUCACAUGCUCGUGGCGGAGCAUGUAAAGGCGGCAGGCGCUAUCUCUGCGGAGCUGGAGGCCACCACCCUGGGGAUCUGUGCGCGGGCGCUCGGCGGCUUUGUGCCCAGGUUUGAAAAGGCUUUUCUGGAGUCGAAGGCAGUGAGCGAGCCGCACCUGGGCGCCUAUAUUAACACCUGCGAAGAGCUGAGGACCAAUCUACUGACCAGGUUCCCUGGAACCCUAAAAGAGCUGGAGAAGCCCCUGGUGGCUGCCAUCUGUAGCUUCCAGAAGCACUUGCUCCAGGUCUUGCAGCAAGAUGUGCAGCCACUCUUCAGAGUCCUAUGCACCAAGAGCUGGCUGACACAAGACACACUGUAUCCCCUCAUGGAUAAAGUGGUGACCUUUGCCCACCACCUACAGCAUGUGGCUCCACCACUGGCACAGGAGAUUCUGCAGGAGGUACACCGGUAUGUGGUCCGCGAGUACCUGGCACAGGUGCUGAGGCCACGGGAAAGAUUCCGGGGAGUGGAGCGUGUGAAUGGCUCUCAGAAGAUGAGCAUGGAUGCCCAGGCCAUUAGUGGCACCUUCCAGGGCUUGGGCUCUGAAGCCACGUGGCUAGACCAAGCUAUCCUGUGCGUGGCCAUGAUCCUGGGCGAAACUUACAAAGACGAUAUCCGCAGGCACCUGGAGACACUCAUCCGGAGCUACCCAGACAUCAGGCGCCACCACAUACUGGCCAUUCUGGCCCUGCGCAGACUGGGACGCCGUCGGAACCAGAGCCUCUUGCAGCAUGCCCAGGACCUGCUAAGGGCGGCCAAGUCUGUGGGCUUGGGGCUCACACGGGAUCGCGUGCUCUUUGCGGAGAUUGAGGUGCCUACCUCUGUGGACGUGCUAAUCACUUGCAUCUAG